AUGGCCCCCACCCUGUAUGAUAAAAAACCAGAGCGGGGGGAUUUGAUCGAGGUCUUCCGUGGCUCGUAUCAGCACUGGGCUGUGUACGUUGGCGAUGGCUUCGUUGUUCACCUGGCACCACCCUGUGAGGGCCCGGGCCAGGGCGCCAACAGCAUGAUGUCCGUCCUGACCGAGAAGGCCCUGGUGAAGAAGGAGGAGCUCUGGGAGAUGGUGGGGCACGAUCAUUGGGAAAUAAACAACAGCCUGGACGAGAAGUACGAGCCCCGUCCUGCCGAGGUCAUAGUGCGGGACGCCUGCGCCUUGGUGGGCCAGGAGCUGCCCUACUGCGUGGUCAGGGGGAACUGCGAGCACUUUGCCACCGAGCUGCGCUACGGAAAGGCCGAGUCCCGGCAGGUGCGUAGGGCCGGGGAGACGGUGGCGAUGGCCGGCCUGGCCGCAGCGUUGGGCUUCGGGGCUGUGGCCCUGGCUGGAUAUCUGUUUAGUGGCAGCAAAAAAGAAGACAAGCACAGUGACCAUGAGUGA